AUGUUGUCCUCCAUCGCACGAUCAGCUGCUCGAGCCAGCAAGAGCGCGUCCCGUCGCGUCGUGGUGCGAACCAUGGCGUCCGAUAAGGACAAGGGCGACGGUGAGAUGCCCUUUGGAUUGGGCAAGAUCUUUGGCGUUGGCGAGCCCGAUAACUUGAUUGCCACGGAUCGUGAACGUAGGACCAAGCCAGGAACCAUGCCCGAUUUCUUGACGGACGAAGUCAAGAAGGACAUGGACGAGCUUGGUUUGGACAGCAUUGAAGAUUUGGACGAAUUGGAAGAGCGAAACGCCGAGGGAUACAACGAUUUGGGUUUGGUCCCCCCGGAAGGCACUGGCACCUUUGCCUCGCCCAUUCUCAUCCCCUCCCGACGAUCCAGCCGUGUUGUUGGAUACUUGGAACCAGCAUCACAUGCCGUCCAUUGGUUCACCAUCCAGAACGACAACAACACCUACUACAUCCCUCACGUUGGACUCUUCUUCAAGAUGCUGCACAUUCCUGAUGAAGAGGCCUUUGGUCACCAUUAA